AUGGGACAAUCUCAGACGCGUCCCACUCAAGGUGUCCCUUUUGGGGCUAUGCCACCUUCUCCUAGAACGGUGUGCGCUUUUCGGAUAGCUGAACCGUGUCAGAGGUUCUGCUGCCACCACCCGCACUUCAGCUUUCCCGAAAGAGCUAUGAGCUACUCACCCCCUUACUCACCGAGUCUCUUCAAGAGGCCAGAUCGGCGCACGGAGAUGUUCGCCAAAACGCCAAUGGAGGUAGCCGUCUACCAGUUGCAUAACUUCUCCAUCUCGUUCUUCUCCUCGCUGCUCGGAGGAGACGUCGUCUCGGUCAAACUCGACAACAGUGCCUCUGGUGCUAGCGUGGUGGCUAUUGACAACAAGAUCGAGCAGGCCAUGGAUCUUGUCAAGAACCACCUGAUGUACGCAGUGCGUGAGGAGGUGGAGAUCCUCAAGGAGCAGAUCAAAGAGCUGGCGGAGAAGAACAACCAGCUGGAGCGGGAGAACUACCUGCUGAAGAACCUGGCCAGUCCAGAGCAGCUGGAGAAGUUCCAGUCUCGCAUCCCGACAGACGUGCUGCUGCCCCUGGACAAUCAGAGCGUCCAGAUGGCCGCAGAGCAGCAGCAUCAGCAGCAGCAGCAGACCUGCAGCCACAGCUCUGGCUCUGCUGUAUAA